AUGGUGUCUGUCUUUAAAACCGCUGAAAAGGGACCUCCACUUCCUUCUUUGCAUCCUUUAGAACCUAGCGUCGAUGGCCUGCCUUUCGCAGAAAACUCCAAGGUUGGAACAACGACUAGAGGGUCUCGUUUCUUCCCUCAAGUAUCCGAUCAAGCCAAACAAGCUCCCGAUCGACAUAAUGUCGAAACUCGCAGCCCGUCUCCCCCGCCACCGGAGGAGAUUUCGAGUCACCCAGUGUUUAAUACCGAUUCUCCACGACCAUUGGUUCAUCUACCGGGACCAAAACCACGAGUGAAGCUCCCUCCGCGCAGCUCAUCGCCACCUCCAGCUCCUCCUGCCACGUUUGCAUCAAUGGUCGCCUCCGGUCCACCUCCUCCCCGUGGUUCACAACCCAUCGCUAGCACUGCAACUUGGCAAGACCGUUUCAAUGGGUUAUUUGGUAAAAAGUCUUCGCAAGCUUUGCACGGCAAAAAGGCCGUGCUCGCUGUUGCGUCAGCAACGAAGGAACCUCUCGAGGUUCUACCUAGCGACUCCUCAGCUGCGGUCUCGCUUCCUCAUUUUAACGAUGCAGAAUUGGCACGGGACGCUGGCAAAGUAGCAUCAAAAGAGGUAGAAGAGGAGGAAGCUAUUUUUGAGGAUCGUGAAGCCGGAUCUCUACCGGUCGUCAAUGUCCCACACAUGGCACCAAAGGCAGCUUGGCAGCCAGCAUUACCUCCUUCUCAUCAGCGAGCGCGGUCCCGAUUCCAAAGGCCCGUCCAAGUUCAAAGCAUCGAACCCUACAUUUUCGGCCCAAUCGACAAGAAUAAUCCCGGCAUGGUCACAUAA